UUUCAACACUACUAUAUAACAAAUAAUUUGAGGUCGAAAUGAAUCAUGCUGCGCGGUUAGGAAGACACGCCGUAAAAUGUACUCGUCACGGAUUGUCUGCUGCCCAAGUCCGACAUUCAUCAACCUUCAAUAUGGUUGUGAAUUUCGUGCCCCAGCAAGAAGUAUGGGUUAUUGAACGGUUCGGUAAAUUUCACCGGAUGGCAGAAGCUGGCAUACAAAUUGUUUUACCAGUCCUCGAACAAAUAGCAUACCACCAAAGUUUAAAGGAAAUGGCUAUGGACGUUCCCUCCCAAAGUGGUAUUACUUCCGACAACGUCACUUUAUCUAUUGACGGAGUUCUGUACAUGAAGGUUAUUGACGCUUACCAAGCAUCAUAUGGUAUCGAGGACUACAUUUACGCUGUAAGUCAGCUGGCUCAGACCACGAUGAGAUCUGAAAUUGGUAAACUAACUCUCGACAAGAUCUUCCAAGAAAGGGAGACUCUCAACCUUCAAAUUGUGGCUGCUAUAAACGACGCAGCCGAGUCAUGGGGUGUCCUGUGUUUAAGAUACGAAAUUAAGAAUAUAGAAAUCCCGGAGUCAGUGAAACAUGCCAUGCAGAUGCAGGUCGAGGCUGAGAGGAAGAAAAGGGCACAUAUUCUGGAAAGUGAGGGAGAGAAGACGUCCACAAUUAACAUCGCCGAAGGAGAAAAGCAGAGUGUUAUCCUUCAAUCUGAGGCUCUGCGAUCGGAGAAAAUUAACCACGCCCUCGGAGAAGCUGAGUCGAUGAGAUUACAAGCUGAAGCAAGAGCAGCCGCCAUCGAGAAAAUAGCAGAGGCUAUAACCGCUAAUAACGGAGAAAAAGCUGCAGGCUUCGCUAUAGCUGAACAGUACAUGACAGCGUUCAAAGAGUUAGCGCAAGAAAGCACGACUCUCUUACUCCCUGCUGACGUUAACAAUCCCGCCUCUAUGGUCGCUCAGGCUCUGACUGUGUACGAUAGACUUGGAACCUCAAAUAGUACCCCAUCUAUCCCUUCCACUGCUGAACCUUCAGCAGCACCAGAAACACAAGCUCCAAACACAAGCGCUAAGUCGACCACUAAAUCAAGUCCCCGAUCACCUGAUGGCAUUGAGCUUCUCAGAGAUUCUCAAACUGCUUUUGGCUCCUCUAAGGGAUUUCCCAAGCAGUUCAUGGGACACUGAAUGACUGUUCUUUCUAGGCUAAAGUUGCUAUCUGCUAUCUAGUUUUAACAAACAUAGUGAUUUUGUUUGAGCGAGGCAGUUUAUAUCAGAAUAUGAGGAGUAUGAAAAUGUCAUUUAAUGUGACCGUACUCCACUGUCCACAAUGUUGGUGAGUUGAGGCUAAAUCAGUGACCAUUUUAACUUGUUCGUGGUUUAAAUUAUUGAUAGAUAUUUCGCCUUUUCUGUUAUAGAUACAGUUACAGUUCGUGGAUCCGAAGGGGAAAUGGUGGUAAUAAAAUAUAAAAUAAUGUUUUAUCUCAGCUCAUAUCAUUACUUUGUUUCUGAUUAAAAAAGUUCAAAACUUGUUUAGCACCGUUCAUAAAACUCACGCAAGAAUUUUCCAGAUUUGAGUUACUGAUUUAGUAAAUUUGUUUAUUUGUAAAAAGUAAGUUAAUUACACUAUCUUUUGUAAUAGUUAUCAUGUCCUUGUAAUCAUUUAUACAACAAUUCGAUAUGCUGGAAUAACCUCAAGAGUAAA